AUGACCGUUAAAUUAUGGAUAAAAGGGAUGAGCCCUGUCGAAGCUGAAUCGAUUUGUGGUUGGAAAGAAAUAAAUUUGUGCCAAUUAUUGACGGUCAACGCACUUGCAUCUAGAAUAAAGAUACAGUUCGGACAAAUAUACAGCUUCAUUGCGCACGAGAAUAAACUGUACAUGUUUUGCGCUUUAACGUCGGUGCGUAGAACUAUCAGUUUCGAUGCGAACAUUGUAUGUUUAGCAGCAAAUAAUAAACACUGUUUAGUGCUGUUGACCACUGGGGAACUGAAGAAGUACGAAUGCUUAGCAAAUCAAUUAGUUGCGAUAAAUUUUCUCGGGAUCGUGGACGACAAAACGAAGGCUGUCGAUAAAAUGAAGAGUUCGAUCACGCAUUUGGCCUGUGGCGAAUGCGUUACCAUAGCAUGCACGUCGGACAAUGGCAUAUAUAAUAUUCCAAACCACACCAUCACCCUGCCGAAACACGUGCGAGUUAGAAAAAUUGCAGCCGGAUUCGAACAUUGCUUACUGCUCACGACGAAUGGGGAUGUAUACAGCUGGGGUGGAGGAUUGCGCGGACAGCUUGGCAACGGGGUGAUUGCUGUUUUCAAUGAGCAACCGCGUAUAGUGGAAGCUUUAGCAGGAGUGAAAAUAAUCGACAUCGAUGCAGAAGGAUGGCACUCGGCAGCGGUAUCUUCCUUCGGUGAUCUGUACACAUGGGGCUGGAACAAUCAGGGUCAGCUAGGAUUAAAGGAUGCACAACACAACGAUCGUGUUGUUUCACUGCCACAGAUCGUAUCCUUGCCGGGCGAUGAAGAAGUAACAGUGGAAAAAGUGCACUGCGGCAUUGGACACACGGUCGUGGAAGUUACUGCUGUCGAUGGACAGCAAAAUGUGCUAAUAGCGGGUUGGGAUUUAGAAAAACGGUUCCACUAUAAGCAAACAUCAUCUUCAGCAAAUUUCCAGGGCUUUCGAAAGCUCAAUGGACCUAAUAAUGAAACAGGUAAACUAUUUGAGCUAGGGACCGGAGCAAACCAAGUUUACUUCCUGCAGCGUGUUCAAAACGAAUAA